ACUGUAUUUUUUGCCCUAAAAUGUAACACCUGUGUGUGAAAUAUGUGGGGAAGGAAAAUUAAGGUAAAACAAGGUCAGUAUCAAUAGUGAACAAUUUUUCCCUUUUUUUUUUUUUGAGCUAUAGAGAAAACUUUAUAUUUACCUAAAGUUUGAGGUAGUCAAAGAGCGUGGCUCUGGCUCGACCGUUGCGCAUACUAGGCACUUCAGGUCAAUGCUGCGCUGUGCUUUCGCAUAAGUCAAGUCCAUUUAGCUUCAAUCAUGCUGCAUGAUUCAGUGCAUACAUGACAGCUUACAGUUCAUUCUGCAUUUAUAGCUCUUAACAAUAAAUAAAUCACCGCUAUAAAUGCUGGCUAUCUUUAAGUGCCCUGACAGAUUUUUGAGCCAAGUGAAUUUUGAAUGCAGCUCCCAAAAAAAAGACAAAAUAUAGCAUAAUAAUAAUAAAAAAAAAAAUUAUAUGGUCACACCAGUGUGAUUAGAACAUACAGUGUGCAGCAUAUCUUGGUUUGCGCUUUGGCUGGCGCUAAACCAGAGGCAGAUGCGUUUUUAGAGCACUGUGCAUUGUAACCAAUCACACAUGAUUAUUCAGCUGAGCUUAUCAAUGCAGUGGCCAAUCAGAGACGUUCAGAUGAGUCAUCGCUGAAACGCUGGUGUUUUGCUCAGUGCGUGUGUUCCCUCACUAAAUUCUGCUCUCUGGUGAAUUCUCGCAUCAGAAACGACAAAGUGCAGAUGUACCUGCGAUUUGAGUAAGACAUUCAUUUCACAGUGUAAACAGCUUCAUUGAUUUUAAUGGGAGUUUUUGAGAGUGCUUGAACUCUGUCUAGACUGAAGUCAUUGAUGCUGUUUGAUAAUGAAAAUGUUCUUUGCUCUCUUCCUGUACAAUGAAAAUACAUAUGGCAUGACACCCAUAUCUGGUACAAAGUAAAAAGUAAAAAGACAGGUUUUAUGCGUAGCUAAUAGAUUACACUAAUAUUAGGCCACCAGGGCUUAAAGUGAAAAAAAAUCCUGAGCCUGAACUUUCUGUGGCUCAACCAGGACUUUUACCAAGCCAGUUUUUUCUAUUAACCAAUUCUAUGAGCAACAGCACAGUCAUAUUUUCAACGCAUUAACAAUUAUUGUGCCAAAAUAAUUGAAACUUUUGCAGUACUAGGCUUACUGUGUCAAGAAAAUAACAUAACAUGAAUGUUUGUGCCAAAAUUUAUUGAAUUGCUAGUUUUGAAACAUGUUAAUGACAUUAAGUGCAUUUACCAUUGGUUUCUUUGUAAUGUGCAAACAGCAUAAAGUGCACUCAACAUUGCUCACUCUGAAAUAAGCAAACAUUCUUAGGUGCUUUUACCAAAACAGAAAACUUUGCCAACUUAAAUAGAAAUUUGUAUUAGUUAGAGAACAUAAAAAACACAAAAGUGCAUCAAACCAAUAAAUGCAUAGAUGUUAGAAAACUACUGUAGUGUAAUACUUUACUGUAUUACAAUCUUAGUGCAACUCAAAAGGCUAUUUAUCAUUCUAAAUCUAAUUUUUCUUCAGUUUUUUUGUCGUUUCUGGGCUAUAAAUGAAGUCUUUUAAGCGAUCUAAGCAUCUUCUUUUCAAAGUUUGGAAAGAAAGUACUUCUGUUGAAUAGGUCAUGGCUGCUUUGGCUGCAGAGGAGCUGGCUUUGGCUGCAGAGGAGCUGGCUUUGGCUGCAGAAGAGCUGGCUUUGGCUGCAGAAGAGCUGGCUUUGGCUACAGAAGAGCUGGCUUUGGCUACAGAAGAGCUGGUUUUGGGUGCAGAGUUCUCUCAGACUAGAAUAGAUACUUGAAACCCAUAGCUUUUUCUCCAAUUGUGCUUUGUUCAGUUUAGAGAAGCAGAAUUGUCCAACAGAGAGCCUUUUGUCUGACAAGUGCAAGUCUCUGCAAUGAACAUCGACCUUUAGGAUGUCUUUUGCACUUAGGCCAAUGGAUUCAGGCUUCAUGAACUUACUGAGCAGCUCUCUGACCAAAGCCACCAUCUCUGCGUGAAGUAAGUGCAUCAUUGGUUUCUCGUAUUGAAGUUUUUUGAGGAAACUUUGGAACGUUGGGAGAACUCCUGUACACAAAAGAGGACAUUUUAAUUAAACAUCAUUAUAAAAUAAUAAUUAGUUAAAAAAACAUACAUAUUCUACACUAGAAAAAUAUAAUGAUUCAAAACUGAUGUUCAUGGACAUAUGUAGUGAAUCCCAAUUCGUUAUAUGGUAGAUAAAAUAUUCAAAAUGUAACAAGCACAAACAAAAUUCUCCAAGUGAAUAAUCAUCCUCAUUCAGUGCCUUCCAAGUAUUCUUACAUUUAUUUACAUUUAGUCAUAUACACUUUCUUAAUCAAAAUACCUCUGAAGAUGUCGAUCACUACUCUCAAUCUUUCAUUGUCUGUAAAAAGCACUAAUAAUCGUGACUUCCUGUCUUUGUUUGCCUGUGUUCGGUAGGCUUUGGCUUGUUGCUGUUGCAGAAAUUUUAUUCUUGCCCUUUCCUCAACUGACACUGCAUUUCUCUGCAGCACUUCAGCUAGCAACCAUCUGCAGCAAAAACACAUAUCCCUGAUUAAUAUGCCAAAUCCUAGUAAGAAAGUCAAUAAACAAUGUAAUGAAUUAUUUUCCAAAAUAAUAUUACCUGUAGUUAUGUUCUUCAUCUGGUGGUAUAAGAUGGUAGUAAUAGACAACCAAGGCAUCCAUGACUUCAUCCACCCUGUUGCAUAUGUAGCGGCGUGUUCGUUUACAAAGGGCAUACAUUUGAAAGUUUACACCAGAGAGAGAGAGAGUUACCUCACCCCCAAAAGGCAGACAAACUCUAGCCCUCUAAGAUACCCGACUACGCCACCCCGGAGGCAAAUUUACCGGGGAAUCGCCUGAUAAGAUUAACUUUAAAGCACACAGGUUCGGUUGCGGCUGAGAUAAGACCAGAGAUAGAUGGAAUACAAAAGUACAGUUUUUAUUUGGACAUCAUUAGCAGAUGUAAAUAUAUGAAUCAAAUACACACUACCACACACACACUUCAACCUCCACUCCAGGGCUGGGGACUACUCGCUCAUUCCCUGAAAAUGACACAGCAAACACUCGUGCACUCACACUUCAGACCACAAAUGUGGAACACUGCAAUCGGAAGAGACCACCACCGAGAGAGAGAGACUCGUCCACACAGACACGAAUCCUGAUCACCCCAACCACUGGAGAGGAAGCAGAAUUACACAUUAAACAUCCAAUCAAAUAUACACACUCACACACAUUAUAAAACUGAGUACUCCAUGCAUUAAGAGCAAUUACACACACAUAUGGUCACCAUCCGCUAGUAAAUCAGUACUUGAAACGGUGAAUGCAAGAAAAAAAUAAUAGACAAAUAUAAUCAAACAAAAAGAAACCAUUCAGUUAACAACCAAUUCACAGAAAUUUGGUUGACAACAAAAUAAUAAAUUAAAAAAAAAACAAACCUACAAAAAAAGUACUAAGUUUUAAAGCAAUGGACUCAUAAACAAAGCAAAACACAAUAAGCAAAAGAUAAUUCAAAUUAUAUAACGUUAUACCACUCAAAAAAAGGAACCAGAUCAAAAUAAUGACUGCUGGAUGGUUGAGUCACUUGAUCCCCCUAAGAAGUUUUUAUUUUACUUUUUAGAUUGAAAUAAAUAUGUACCUGCAAUCACGUUUUAGUGACAACUUGUGUGGCAUUUCUGCAAAUUUAUGUGGCAUUAUUGCAAAAACGGGCUCUUCAAAAUACAUCAAACAACAAAAACAAAUUCUAAACUUUGGCAAAAAUACUGUUUUUAAUGUAUUUUAUAAUGUUUCAAUAUAUACUUACAAAAUAUAUGUCAGAAAAGUUGUGAGAGGAGCAGUUGACCACUUCCAGAAAAAUGAAUGGCUCUCUAUGGGCCUCUGCUGGAUAUAUAUGGUCAUUACACUAUUCUUUCAAAAACUGUGAUUUCUGCAAGUUUUUCUCUAACCACCAGAUGGCAGAAUUGUACACCUAACACCUAGAGCAAUAUCCAGAAACUAUUUAAAUUAAAUUUAGAUCAUCAUUUAAGAUAUUUAUUCAUAAUAAUUUAAUAUUUCACAUGCAAGCUAAUGGUGUAGUUGAGGAUUUUUGUGGUAAACAGGUACAAAAGUACUUCAUAUUUCCUAAAACACAGCAUUAAUGUAUAGAUGAGAAGUAAACAAAAAAAAAAUGAUAUAUUAUUUGUAUGAUUAAAAAUGUAUAAUUGUUUUACAAUUACUCUUUCAAUUUUGUUGAAAUUGGACACUAGUGUAAACAGGAAAACAAGUGCUUAUGAGGGUUAAAUAUGGUUAUUACACGUGAACAUUAUUGUUGUCAUUUGUGAUAUUCAUGUUUGAUAUUCAUAUUUUAUAUUUUACUUUCAACAGGUACAACAGUUAAAAAAGUAGUUGUGCCACUUUCAAUGGAUGAGAGGGCAUUUCAUCAGAAAAUUAGGGAAGCUUUUCCAAUAAUAGGAGAGGGUGAAAUUGAAAUCUGCAGAGUUGACAGGAGGCGAAGGGUAAUACCUGUUCAGUUGAGCUCAGUUUGCCCUGCAGCUAUAAAAGCAUGCCCGGUGUUUGGCAGGUCAGCAGUAUAUGUUAGGCUUAAGAACACAUCCAGAUUGGCUGCCAUACAGCAUGAGAGCAGUAAUGAGGAUCCAAUUUGUGGAACUAGAGAAGCCUUAAGUAUUCAAGGAACCAGUGACAGAGAUCAUCGGUGGCGCCAUGUUGAAUCCUUAGAACAAAGGCGAAGACAGAAAAUUGCUGAAAGGAGGGCACACGUAAGUCGAAUUGCUGAGCCGGAGCAAGGCAUUGCAAUACAGCUUCAGUACCCUGAUGGCACCAGGAGAACAAGGAAUUUUGUUGUGUCUCAACCAAUUCAGGAUCUCUUUGCCUUUGCUGGUUCGGACGACAUGGCCAGUGAGAUAUUUCGUUUACAGCUGUCCUGGUCAUCGAACACUAUACUUAGCACUGUUGAUGGCAGCCUCUCAGAUCAUGAAAUUAGGAGACCCUCAACCUUGUAUGUGCUUUGGAUGUCAGGUGCUCAAAUAGAGGGACUAAUUGAAUCCAGUGUUGAAUCUUCAACUGAUCAACCGGCUACUACUCAGGACUUAGGAAGUUGUUGUUCACCAUCAGCACCAACAUGUGAAGUGUAUGCAUUAGAUUCUGAAGAUGAGGAGGAGGAUGUGGUCAUGUUAACCUCACCUGUUUAUUCUAACCAUGAAAGUGAUGAUGACGUUACUGCUGCUGACAUCAUCAGAACAUUCCAAAAGGAAAAUAUUAAUUUGGAAGAAAAGAUGAUUGUAGUGGCCAGAAGAAGGAAAGUUCUGCAUAGUGCAUGUACUGCGCUGAAAAGUAGCUACUUCGCAUGGCACAAAUCUCCACAAAUUGAAUUUGUAGGUGAAAGUGCUGAUGACUAGGGGACCUAGCAGAGAAUUUUUCAGGCUUUUGAUGCAGGAUGUGCAGUCAUCAUUUGUAGUUUUUGAGGGGAAAGCAGGCCAGAUCGUUUUCACCUAUGACCAAGUAGCUGUGGAGAUGAAGCGGUAUUACACAGCAGGAAAGCUAAUUGCUUGGUCUCUCAUGCAUGGUGGACCAGGUAUCAAAGCACUAGAUACCACAUUAUUCAAACUAAUGUGUGGCCAGCCAGAUUCUGCAGAAGAAUUUGACAUAACCUGCCAGAUGUUGAAAUUCAAGAUAAAGUGCGACAGGUGUUUUUUUGUCAGACCCAACAAGACAUAGAUGGAAUAAUAACAAGCCUUGGGGACUGGAUUGUUGAGUGUGGAGUCCCAGGCAUUUACAGUGCAACACCCAAUGAUAUGAGACGAAUCUACGGGCAGCUGAUCAAACACUACAUUUACUUUUGAUAUUUCAGAUUCAGAGGUCCACGCUUGUGGACUAUUAUUUUCAUCUCCUUUCAUAGGUUUUAGAGUUUAGGUCAGUGAAAUGGAAUGAGAUAACAAAAUCUUAUUUCUGUGGUCAGUCAAUGAUUUUUGUGUUGAAUUUGAGAUGUGCUUUAGAUCAUUGUUUAGAGCAUUGUCCUGCUGGAAGAUUCAAUCAUGAUAUUUCACACAGUUUGGGCAUCCCUGAUUUGGGUGUUCUUAUUUACUCAG